GCAAAGAUCAUCUUACGAAAUAUAUUAUUGCUUCAAAGAGAUUAAAUCUUUAAUAUAUUCCACAAGCAGCAAAUUAAUGGCGAAUCUUACGUUUUCCUUUGCUCUUUCAAUCUUGUUAUUGAAUAGCUAUGCCUUCUCCUUGAAUUCUGUCUCAGAUAGAAAUGCACUUAUCUCCUUCAAAAACUCCAUCAUUUCCGACCCUCAUGCUAUCUUGAGCACCAAUUGGUCCCAAAACACAUCAGUCUGUGAUUGGAUUGGUGUGUCAUGCGGCCUCAAACACGGCCGUGUCACUGCUCUAAAUCUCUCUCGAUACGACCUUGCGGGAACUGUUGCUCCACAUCUCGGAAACCUCACGUUUCUCAGAUAUUUGGAUAUCCGUUUUAAUCGUUUCACGGGGAUCUUACCCUUUCAGCUCUCUAAAUUGCAUCGCUUGAAGGUGAUGAAUGUGGGAGCGAAUGCAUUCACCGGAGAAAUACCAACAUGGUUGGGCAGUUUACCUCAACUGGAAGAACUCUCUCUCUCCAAUAACUCUUUCUUAGGUUCGUUCCCGGGUGCUAUGUGCAACAAUACGCCCAACAUCAAAAUACUAGCGAUCUCUUGGAACCAACUUGAAGGGCAGAUUUCGCCAAACAUAUGGAAAUGCACACAUCUUGAGAAGUUGUCAUUAUCCUUCAACAAUUUCAGUGGCAAUAUCCCACGUGAAAUUGGGAGAUUGAGCUUCCUUACAAAGUUGUACUUGGGGUACAAUAAUGGUUUUCGAGUGAUUGUAGGAGGAGUUCCACCAGAAAUAGGGAAUCUUUCAAGACUGGAGAUAUUAUCCAUAGACAAUGCUUCUCUAACUGGAAUUAUUCCAUCUUCAAUCUUCAACAUUUCUUCCUUGACAUACCUGAGCCUCUCUUACAAUAGUUUGUCAGGAAGUAUCCCAACUUUCCACAAUCUACCAAAGCUUGAGAACUUAUAUCUUGAUGAUAACAAAUUGAAAGGUUUGCUCCCUGAUGACAUGUGCAACAACAUGCAUAGGAUAAAAGAUCUUUCGUUCUCUUCGAACCAACUUGAAGGGCAGAUUCCACGAAAUAUAUGGAAAUGCGCACAUCUUGAGAUGUUGUCGUUAUCCUUCAACAAUUUCAGUGGAUACAUCCCACGUGAAAUGGGAAGACUGGGAUUGCUUACAGAGCUGUACUUAGGGUACAAUGGUUUUCAAGGAGGAGUUCCAGCAGAAAUAGGGAAUCUUUCAAGACUACAGAUAUUAAACAUUAAGAGCGCUUCUCUAACCGGAAUUAUUCCAUCUUCGGUCUUCAACAUCUCCUCUGCGACAACCUUGAAUUUCUUUAACAAUAGUUUGUCAGGAAGUAUUCCGAUUUUCCAAACUCUGUCACAGCUUGAGGAGUUGUAUCUCAACUACAACAAGUUCACAGGAUACAUUCCUCCAAGUAUCUGGAAAUGCAAAAAACUUGAGAUCUUGGAGUUAAGUUUCAACAAUCUUAGUGGCAACAUCCCCCGUGCAAUUGGAAAUAUGAGCAUGCUUCAAAAUUUGUACAUGGAUCAUAAUCAUUUCACAGGUGAAUUACCACAAGAGAUUGGCACUGUACCAACACUCGAGAAUUUCACUGUGUUCAGCAAUUCAUUAUAUGGAUCCAUCCCAUCCUCCAUAUUCAACAUAUCAACAUUGAAGAAUUUGGAAGUUACAUAUAAUAACUUCUCAGGUACUCUUCCAUCAGAUUUGGGGAAUUCACUUCCCAAUCUUGAAAAUCUUCUUUUGAGUCUUAACCGACUCAGUGGCCAAAUUCCACCCUCUAUCAAUAAUGCUUCUAAGCUUAAAAGCUUGGAGAUGGCUGGUAACUCAUUCAGUGGCUCUAUACCCUUCUUUGGUAAUUUGAAGCUCCUAGAGCUAAUUAUCCUUUGGGGAAAUAAUUUGAGUGGAGCAGAAUUCCCAACUCAGGAAUUGACAUUUCUCUCUUCGUUAAGUAAUUGUAGACAUUUGAAGUACUUGAAUAUAUAUAGCAAUCCACUAAAUGGAAUCCUACCCUCUUCACUUGGGAAUUUUUCCUCAUCUUUAGAGGUUUUUGAAGCAUCAUACUGCAACAUCAAGGGUGUCAUUCCUUCUGAGAUGGGAAAUUUAAGUGGUUUGCUAUAUUUGGGUUUGUUUGGAAAUCAGCUGAGUGGACUCAUGCCACCAACUAUAGGGAAACUGAAGCAACUUCAAAGACUAAAUCUUAGUGGCAAUCAAUUGGUAGGGUAUAUCCCUAAUGAUCUUUGUGGAAUGAAUCAUUUGGGGGAGUUAAGCCUUGAAGGGAACUUAUUUGUGGGUCCAAUACCUGAAUGUUUGGGUGAAGUUAAAUCCUUGAGAGUCAUCAACUUAGGAUCCAACUAUUUGAAUUCAACCAUCCCUCCUAACUUGUGGAUUCUCACGGACCUUGUGUAUUUAAAUUUGUCCACCAAUUAUUUUGGGGGUCAAUUGUCACCUCAACUAGGAAAUUUAAAGCUAAUCAACUCUUUGGAUUUGUCUUCUAAUCAAUUUUCAGGCGAUAUUCCGACCUUAAUUGAUGGUUGCCAAACAUUAGAUUUUCUCAACCUAUCAAAUAAUUUUCUUAGCGGAUCCAUUCCUCAGUCGUUAGGAAACAUUAAAGGUUUAAUAACAUUGGAUUUAUCUUUCAAUAAUUUAUCUGGAUCAAUACCCAAGUCCUUAGAAGACCUUAACUUUCUUGGAAGUUUUAACGUUUCUUUCAACAAACUGGAAGGAAAAAUUCCAGACGGAGGUCAUUUCCCUAACUUCAGUGCUCCGUCUUUUUCCCACAACUUAGCUCUUUGUGGUCCAAUAGCAUAUCAAGUUCCACCAUGCCCCAAAAAUCAUCAUAGAUCAUUGUCAAAGAAACUCACGGUGUCACUGCUGAUUUUAGCUGUCAUUGUGGCGAUUGCAUUGCUUGCUUUCAUAAGGAUGUGUAAACAGAAAAAAGUACCCCUCUCGGUUCAUUUUUCAGCACAAAUUACUGAAUGCAUAGGGAUUUCUUACAACGAACUUGAACGAGGAACAAGUUCAUUUAGUGAAACCAACCUACUUGGAAGAGGUAGCUUUGGUUCUGUAUUCGAAGCAACACUUUCGGAUGGGUUGAAAGUUGCAGUAAAAGUGUUCAACUUGGAACUACAAGGAGCAGCAAGGAGCUUUGGUGUUGAAAGUUCUAUAUUGAGCAGCAUUCGACACAGAAAUUUAGUUCGGGUUAUUGGAUAUUGUUGUAAUAUGAACUUUAAAGCAUUGAUUCUCACAUACAUGCCAAAUGGGAGCUUGGAUAAAUGGUUGCAUUCCAACAAUUAUAGUCUGGAUCUUAUACAGAGUUUGAAAAUAGCAAUAGACGUUGCGGCCGCCUUGGAAUAUCUUCACCACGGCCAUACAUUCCCAAUUGUUCACUGUGAUAUAAAGCCAAGCAAUGUGUUGCUUGAUCAAGACAUGGUUGCCCAUCUUGCUGAUUUUGGCAUUUCCAAGCUUUUCGAUGGAAGCGAAACUAUCAUUCAAACACAAACACUGGCAACCAUUGGUUAUGCAGCACCAGAGUUUGGAAUGGAAGGGAAAGUGUCAAUAAAUGGAGAUGUAUAUAGUUUUGGGAUACUGCUGCUGGAGAUGUUUACCGGAAAGAUGCCAACGGAUGAUAUGUUCGGUGAAGAAAGAAGCUUAAAACAGUGGGUAAAUGAAGCAUUAGAGCAAAAAACCGCAACUCAAGUGAUGGCGUCUGCUUUGUUGUCAAGGGAAGAUCAACAUUACUCUGCCAAGGAGAAAUGCAUGUUAUCAACAUUUGAAUUGGCAAUGAAAUGUUUAGCUGAUUCAGCAGAUGAAAGGAUCAAUAUGAUUGAAACAGCAGCUGCUCUGCACAAGAUUUAUGCAACAUUUGUAGCAGCUACUCAAUGGCGUCGUCCAUGAAAUUUUUGCUAUGCCACAUUAGGUGAAUCAAAAAAGCUUGUUUUCACCCUUAGGUUUCAUUUUUUUUAAUCAUGUUUUUGGACUCACCACUGUUUAAUCUCCAUUCAUAGGUUGUGAAUCGAGGUGAAAACGGAUAUAGGAUAACGGUUGGAGCAUUGCGUUUCUAAUUGUUAUUCAGUCUACACCCUCUGUAUAGCCGUUUAGUUUAGAGUCAAUGCUUAUAAUUAGUAGAAGUCAAUCUAUUUAUCUACAUAUUUGCGCAAUAAAUUGACACCACACAAAAGCAAA